AUGCUUCGCCUCCUUUUUCCUGCGCUCGUCGUCGUGUCUGUGCUCUGUGGACACGGGACAGAAAGCGCCACUACAAAAGGAAAAGCACAAGCGCUUAACUGCUUCACCGAGAUGAACGAGGCCAGGGCAGCCGCGGGGUUCCCUGCGUUUGCCAACGCAACAGAAGCGGGACAAAUACUACCGGAACACUCUGCGCUGGUAGACAUAAACUCUGGAACUUUAUGGGACCAAAUCUGCAAAAAGAUAGUGGGAGAUGGGGAAGAGAGCUCUGAAAUCGAUAAAUUGGUGGGAACGCCCGCAUACUACGCCGGCGAGAGUGAUUGCGAAGCAGCAGUGAAGUACUGGCAAGGCGGCUUUUCUCUCUUCAGUAACAGUUUGCCUCCAAAAUACACAGCGCUGAAUAACCCUGAUGUAUAUACCGACAGGGCCGUCUCCUUUGUUGCUCUCUAUAACCCCAAGACGAACCCUGUGGCCAGCUGCGCGUUUGUCACCUGCACAACAACGGGCGGAAACGAGUUUGCUGCCCAAUCCCUGUCUAGAAGCCACAACGGGCGGAUAUUGAGGAGACUCGAAGAUAACACUCAAACGACUACUGCCGUUCUCUGCCUGACGAAUCCGAAAGCACUGAACACGGGAGAAGCGCCAUUCAAGGAAGAGGAAUGGCAGAAGAUUGUUCAUGCUAUAGCUGGUGUUGAACAGGGCAACGGGGAUUCCCCGGUCAGGCCGUCAUUGGCACUUGGGUUCAUUAUGAUCCUUUUCUCCAAUGGUCUUUUUUAA